UGCGGGGACCAGUUGCCAUGGCAGGACGCCUCAGUCUCAGUGCGCUUGUGUUUUUGCGCUGUGGAUUAUUUGCGCUCAUUUCCAGCAGCAGCAGCGCACUGGCAACUGCAGCCGCUCCAAAUGCAACUUUUAGUCCAACACAAAGUCUUUCCUCUGCAGGGGAAACUUUCUCCCCCCGCAGCACCGAGGCUCCCAGCACUGGACUCACUGCUGCAGCCACUUUGCAGACCCAGGCAGCGACCAGACCCGCUCCGACUCAGAAAACAGAGGACAGCAGAGUGCUGAGCCAAGACACUGAAGAAGAAGGUCCAGUGGAAUUAGAAUGUCCUCCACUGGGUCUGGAGUCUCUGAAGGUCAAAGACACGCAGCUGAAGGCGUCGUCCUUCAAGCGCCGGGGCCUCGGCCCGCACCGCGGCCGCCUCAACAUCCAGUCUGGGAUAGAAGAUGGAGACAUCUAUGACGGCGCGUGGUGCGCUCAGUACAGAGACAAGAAGCAGUGGCUGGAGGUCGACGCUCUGCGGCCUACUCGCUUCACCGGCGUCAUCCUGCAGGGACGCAACUCCAUCUGGAGCUGGGACGUCGUGUACACCUACAAGGUGCAGUUCAGUAACGACACGCUGGUCUGGACGCCGUGUAUGAACGGGACUGAAGAGGCUGUAUUUGAAGGGAACCAGAAUGCAGAGACACCCGUCCUGGCCCUUUUCAACACGUCGACGGUGGCGCGCUACAUCCGGAUCAACCCACAGAGCUGGUACGAGAACGGGACCGACGGGGACAUCUGCCUGAGAGCAGAGGUGCUGGGCUGCGCCCUGCCAGACCCUAACAACAUCUACGCGUGGCAGACAGAGCCGACAGAAUCCAAAGACAAACUGGACUUCAGGCACCACAACUACGAGGAGAUGAGAAAGCUGAUGAAGUCGGUGAACGAGGCGUGUCCCGACAUCACCCGCAUCUACAGCAUCGGCAAGAGCUACACGGGCCUGAAGCUGUACGUCAUGGAGAUCUCCGACAACCCGGGCAAGCACGAGCUGGGCGAGCCGGAGUUUCGCUACGUGGCCGGGAUGCACGGGAACGAGGCGCUGGGCCGCGAGCUUCUCCUCAACCUGAUGGAGUACCUGUGCCAGGAGUACAAACGGGGCGACCAGCGCGUCGUCCACCUGGUCAAAGAGACUCGCAUCCACCUGCUGCCCUCCAUGAACCCCGACGGAUACGAGAUGGCCUUUAAGAAGGGCUCGGAGCUGUCGGGCUGGGCUCUGGGACGGUACAGCUACGAGGGCAUCGACAUGAACCACAACUUCGCCGACCUCAACUCGGUGAUGUGGAAAGCCAUCGAGCUGGAGACGGACAAGUCCAAACUCAUCAACCACUACUUCCCCAUCCCCGAGCAGUACACCUCCGAGGAGGCCUUCGUGGCGUCAGAGACCCGAGCCGUCAUCAACUGGAUGCAGAACAUCCCGUUUGUUCUCAGCGCCAACCUGCACGGCGGCGAGCUGGUGGUCACCUACCCGUACGACAUGACGCGGGACUGGGCGCCCCGCGAGCACACGCCCACGGCUGACGAGAGCUUCUUCCGCUGGCUGGCCACCGUGUACGCCAGCACCAACCAGGUGAUGUCCAACCCCGACCGAAGGCCCUGCCACAAUAAGGACUUCCUCCGAUACAAUAACAUCAUCAAUGGAGCCGACUGGCACAACGUACCCGGAAGCAUGAACGACUUCAGCUACCUGCACACCAACUGUUUCGAGGUGACGGUGGAGCUGUCGUGCGACAAGUUUCCUCACGCCAGCGAGCUUCCCGUCGAGUGGGAGAACAACCGAGAGUCUCUGCUGGUUUACAUGGAGCAGGUUCACCGUGGCAUCAAGGGUGUGGUUCGUGACAAAGACACCGAGGCGGGAAUAGCAGACGCCGUCAUCAAAGUCGACGACAUCGAUCAUCACAUCAGAUCAGUGGCCGACGGCGACUACUGGCGGCUGCUGAACCCCGGGGAGUACCAGGUGACCGCCAGCGCAGAGGGCUACUUCCCCUCCACCCGCACCUGCCGGGUCAUGUACGAGCACUACCCGACCCUCUGCGACUUCCGCCUCACCAAGACGCCCAAGCAGAGGCUCAAGGACAUCCUGGCCAGGGGCGGAAAAAUCCCCAAAGACCUGCAGCUGCGGCUUCGGCAGCUCCGCCUGCGCAAGCUCCGCGUCACCACCAAGGCCAUCAACCAGAGGAGAGCCGCCGCCGCCGCCAGGAGGGCGACCAGGGGGGCGUGAUGAUGAUGAGGGCGAGCCAACUCACGUCACAUUUUUCGACAUCUGGAGGCACCCUGUCUUCACUGGACUGUGUCUUAUAUGUAUAUUUUUACUUUUUUAAUCCAGUUCAUGUUCAGUCUCUCGCUCGACUCGAGGACACACUGAUGGAAGCCGCUCACUUCGAGGAGAGCGUCUCUGCUUCUCUUUGGUGAUCUAAGUCUAUUUUUCUUACCCUUGUUGGUGCUAGUUGUUCUUUUUUUACAUCUCAUUUCUCACAUUUCCUUGUUGUUUCCCGUGUAAAGAGCAGAUGUGACUGUCUUUUGUCGUGACAGCGUUGAAAAGUUAACAAAACACAUCACUGUAUUGUAUGAGUGGCAGCUCGUAGAGUCGAAAAUAAGAUCAUUAGGAUUGCAGCUGUGAUCAGUGUCUCCAUUUUUUUUUUUUUCUGAAAUUCACCAUGUGAUUAUGUGCUUUCUGUCUGAUGGGAGUCGAAAUAGAUUCGGAAUAGAUUCACGAUUAACAGUGCUCACUCUCGGUUCGAGGAGGAUGUGAGGAUGAGGAUUUUUUAGGCUACUUCUGAGCAGACAAAGCAGCUUGGAUCACAAAAAGUACAGGGCUUUGAAUUCAAACUAAAAAAAAAUGGCAGCUCCAGUUUCUUUUCUUUCUUUCUUUUUCGAAUGAUCAUUCAAGUUCAUAGUCUUCAUUCUCUUCAGUUUCUUAGGAGGUUGGAUUUGACAGCUCUCUCAGCUCAAAUCUUUUUACAACCUCAGCUGUUUUAAUCAAAAUGUGCUGUGUUGAGAAAAAAAAACCAAAGAACAUAAAGCCAAAGAUCUUUUGGGCGCAUUUUGUAGAAGAUCCACCUGAAUUGUCAGUUUCUUGGUAUGGUGUGAGCCAGAAAGUGAGUUUUUAAAGAAAUCCCAUCAGUCCUUGUUACUGUAUAUCAGCGCUGCGGGUGUAUUACUGUCAGUUUGUGCUAUGAGGCAGUAAAACGUAUCGCUUUUUAAAGGAAACUGAACCUUGACUUUCAGUUCAGCCUCUGGGGAAACUCCAGAAAUGACCAAAGAAGAGGAUUUUAAGUUGACUGAAUGGUUCAGUAAGGACAAACAGGACAGAAAUCCCACCACUUUGUUCAGGUGAAAGUUCAGUAACCACAUGUCUGAUAAUUUAAUUAAGAGAAGAGCUUUACUGCACAGCCUGGUGCUGAUCUGAGUUCAGUAGGUGUGUCCUUUGUGUUCAUGUAGCGGUGACGUGCCAUGCACCAUCCCCUUUCAUAAGAGCCGAUUUCUGAUGUCUGUCUGUCAUCUGAUUUCUGCAACUCCCUGUCAA